GUCAAAUGACAAAACGAUUAAAAAUUGUAUGUUCUAAAACAUGCAAAAAUCGUUACCUUAGGAAAUAUUGUCAUAUUAUUUUCUUCUGAGGUCGCUCCAGAUAAUUUCGAGAAAAAAAUAACCCAUCGAGAAUUUUUGCUGGCGUUUGAUGAGAAUCAACGGAUAGGCAUAAGCAGCAUUUCUCUUUGCAAACUCAAAAACAACUGCGAAAUACACACAAUGUCCGUCACAUUUGAGCAGAUUAUUUUGGAUGCUAAGCGAGUUGCCAAUCGGCUCAAAGACCGCGAAGCGCUUGGUGACUCGCUGCUUUUAGAGACCGAAUCGGUCAACAAGCAGAUGGAAUCAAUGCGACAGUUUCAAGACGACAUUGACAUUUUGAAUAAGCUAGCAAGAGAAAGGUCGAAUAAUCAGUUAAUUACUAUUAUUCAUCAGGAGAAUCCUCAAAUCCGUGAAAUCCAGCAAGAAAACCGACUACUCAAAGCGGCCCUAGAAGAUCAUCAGCAUGCUCUGGAGCAUAUCAUGUCCAAAUAUAGAGAACACACGCAAAGUAAGAUUUUGAACACGAAGGUAAAUUUUGUUGAAGCAUUCAACAAGCAUCAGCAGUUCUCUGAACGGAAGGAUGAACUUAUCCGGCAGCAAACUAAUAAGAUCCAAGAAAUGGCGGCUGUCAUGCAGCGGGCAUCGCAGAUUGACGAGGAAAAGUUCAACCAGGAACAGGAGUGUCUCAGUAAGCUUAUUACGGAAAAUAAGGGACUUCGCGAGCUGCUAGAGAUCUCACAGAAAUACGGUUCCAAUGGUCAAAGGAUCCUCGUCGAUGAAAAAUCUACACAAACUGACAAUCACUUGUUAGACGAUUUCGCUGUUACCGUCCCGGGUUCCGGUUCUCACACCGGUACGAUUAAGGUCAAUCCAUUCAUCUUCAAAUCCGCAAUGACCACUUCGGCACCAUCAGCUAGCGCAGCUUCUCCCCCGGUUGCUAAUACCAGUAGUACCAACACGACGUCAUCUCUAUCGUGACGCGAUUCGGACGAAAAUGAAAUGUCUGUUUUGUUUUGCUGCCAGUCAGCUAUACUGUAAAAGCAUGUCAAAUAAUCCCUUGUAAUUUCCUGUUUUAAUCAGCUCGAAUAGUCAGUAAAUCACAGGAUUUCGUGAUUGGCAACAUCAAAUUGAUUAAUUUUGUCAUCUAUUUUCACAUGUUCAAAUACUCGACCAAUUAGUUAUUGGCUGCAUUAUCAGUAUCGUAUGAAUAUGCUUUACUACUAUAAAAGAAAAUUGCCAGUAUAUUUUCAUAAAUAGAUACAUACUGCCGCACGUAUAGAAAUGCAGCACUCUAUAAUUUGCACGUUCCAAAAUUAGUUCACACGCAAUUGCCGCAAUCAUAGGAAUGAGGAAUGGUCUUAAUGGCGCUCUAAGUAAAGUUCUGCCAGCUGGUAAGUAUUCGUGCUGAUUCCAUCAAUAAAAAAGAUUCGACCACAUACGAUAUGUGCAUACUUGUUCACUGGUAAAUACUUUAUCGAUGGAGUAAAAGCAUAGAUCAAAAACGAUACACAAGAAGCAAAUAAACCGUUAAGCAGCUCGAUUGUUAAGCUUUUGUCCAUUGGUCUGUUUCGUGUUUAAUCACUAAUUAACAAAAUAAACAAAUAUUGACACAACUAUAGCAAAACUGCUCAUUAUUUAAAACUCGCAAUACGCAUACGUUUCUCUUGCCAUCAAAAUCACUUUUUAAGAAGGACUAUGUGAUUAAUAGCGAUUUAGUUUUAAGUUAAGAUUCUCAAAGCGUUUCCACUUGUACAUAAUGCUACACAAGGGAAAUUAUUACACCUAAUGAGUGUAACACCGACUUCAUCGGUAUAGUGUACUAAAUAGCAGCUUGUGUGGUUAAU